UUAUAAAUACAUAGUAGCAGUAUAAAUUUAUAUGACUUCAAAUAUCUAAAAUUUUCGGCUCAGAGAUGGCGGUUGCGCCAUUAAACCUCCGCCGUCAAUUCUCCAUCUUUUCCUCGCCUUCUGCAUCUUCACUGCACCCUACUCAUCUUCUUACCCCACAACUUAUCAAAAUCCCAAAAGCCCCCCAAAAUCACAAGAAGAAAUUCUCCACUUCCUGCUCCUCCUCUUCCUCCCCCUCUCCUAUAUUCCUGCCCUUUCUACAAACCCCAUCAAUAAAACAACCUCAAAAUCCCGACAAAGAUGAAGAGGCCGAAGAAUCCGACGACCCACUUCUCAAAUUCUUCAAGACCCGAACUUCAAACGCGGACCCGCUUCAAGAAGGCCGGAUUUCCCUCCAAAAGAACCGCAGAACAUCGUGGCAUCUAGCGUCAAGUCUUAAUGACCCAGAAUCGGAAGCCGCACCGGAAUCAAAAAUCGAGAAUUUAGAUGUGACAUCUGACAAAAAUGCAGAGACCCCUGCGGAAGUGGAAGAGGGGAUUGUAAGGAAAAUACUUAAAAUUGCGAGGUCAUUGCCCGAAAAUGUCACGUUGGGAGAGGCGUUGGAAAGCUGUGAUUUUGGAGGGAAAUUAGGGGUGGAGGAGUGUCUGGAAGUGUUGAGACUACUAGGCGAGGAGGGUGAGGUGAUGAGCUGUUUGUAUUUCUUUGAGUGGAUUGGAUUGAGAGAGCCGCAUUUGGUUACAGCAACGGCGUGCUCAGUUUUGUUUCCACUGUUAGGGCGGGCGAGGAAGGGGGAUGAGUUGUUGGUGGUGUUCAAGAAUCUGCCUUUUAAGCAGAAUCCGCACUUCAGAGAUGUUCGUGUUUACAAUGCUGCGAUUUCGGGGUUGAUGUCUUGUGGGAGGUACAAUGAUGCUUGGACUGUGUAUGAAAUGAUGGAAGCAAGUAAUAUUCGGCCUGAUCAUGUAACAAGUUCUAUCAUGAUCACAGUCAUGAGGAAAAACGGAGACAGUGCUGAAGAUGCAUGGAAAUUCUUUGAAAAAAUGAAUCAGAAAGGCAUCGAGUGGAGUUUAGAAGCUGUGGGAGCACUUAUAAAAUUGUUCUGUGAUGAGGGGUUAAAGAAAGAGGCUCUGAUUAUCCAAUCAGAACUCGAAAAGAAGGGGAUAUCUUCUAAUGCUGUUAUUUAUAAUACAAUUAUGGAUGCUUAUGGAAAGUCAAACCAUGUCGAGGAGGCGGAAGGUCUUUUAACUGAGAUGAAGGCGAAAGGAGUAGCCCCAACAGCUGCUACUUAUAACAUUUUGAUGGAUGCAUAUAGCAGAAGGAUGCAGCCUGAUAUUGUUGAGAAGCUACUUGAAGAAAUGGAAGCUGCUGGUUUGGAGCCAAAUGUAAGAUCAUAUACGUGUCUGAUUAGUGCCUAUGGUAGGCAGAAGAAAAUGAGUGACAUGGCUGCAGAUGCAUUCUUGAGAAUGAAAAGAGUCGGCAUCAAACCAUCAUCACAUUCGUACACUGCUCUUAUCCAUGCCUAUUCCGUUAGUGGCUGGCAUGAGAAAGCUUACUUGGCUUUUGAUGAUAUGUUAAGAGAGGGAAUAAAGCCCUCCAUUGAAACAUAUACUGCUCUACUUGAUGCGUUUAGACGAGCUGGUGACACUGAAACACUGAUGAAAAUCUGGAAGUUGAUGAUCAGGGAUAAAGUUGAAGGGACUCGAGUUACUUUCAACAUUCUGGUUGAUGGAUUUGCAAAGCAAGGCCAGUAUGUGGAAGCAAGAGACGUGAUGCACGAAUUUGGGAAGCAUGGUUUCCAUCCGACUGUGAUGACGUAUAAUAUGCUCAUGAAUGCAUAUGCAAGGGGAGGGCAGGAGUCGAAGCUGCCACAGCUGUUGAAGGAGAUGGCCGCACUGAAUCUGAAACCAGAUUCUGUCACCUAUUCCACAAUAAUAUAUGCAUAUGUCCGUGUCCGUGACUUCAGUAGGGCAUUCUACUAUCACAAACAGAUGGUGAAGAAUCGCCAAGUGCCUGAUGCCAAGUCAUACGAGAAGCUCAGAGCUAUCUUGAAUGUGAAGGCAAAAAUCAAGAAUAGGAAGGACAAAAGCGCACUGAUGGGGAUCAUUAAAGCCAGUGCAGGCUUGCUGAAAGAGAAGAAGAAGGGGAAGAAAGACGAGUUCUGGAAAACCAAGAAGGGGCUGCGGACGCCUCAGUCUCGCCCUCCUCAGCCUUCGCGGUGAUCAAUAGUGCCGUCGCUCCAUCUGUAAUGAGGUGAUGAGUUCUUGAGUUCUGUUAUGUUAUUUGAGCUUUAUGAUCUCAUUUAAAUUGAUCAUCAUGUUGCAUAUGGUUUAUCCAGAGUGCACUAGUGUAUAGUAGUUUUGUGUUUCUCAAUUUUUUGAAGAAAAAAUUGUAGGGGCUGGUGAAAUUGAAAGGCUUUUUGGCGUUGUAAUGCGAUUUAUUUAUUUUUAUC